ACAGAGAAGUGUUGUAAUACAUGUAUAUCAGCAAAAUUAAAAUUAUGAUAAUUUAUGACACAUGACGUAUAACAAUAAAAAUCUCCAACAAGUGGGAUUCCUGUGUAGUUGAGUAAACAAGAACUAUGGCGAAUUCGUAUGAAGACCGCCCUCUUGAUCUCGCAAAAUGCAGCCGAGGUUGGCGGGGUCAAAGAGAAUAUUCUUACUGGGUGCCUGAGGCUGACAUAGAGGGAAAAAUUCCCGAUGAUUUUUUUGGUACGUUCUUCAGAAAUGGACCAGGAAUCGACGAAGUUUAUGGAACAAAACUUGUACACCCUAUUGAUGGAGAUGGUAUGGUUUGUGCUCUGACUUUUCAAAAUGGCCAUGUACACUUCAAGUCAAAGUUUGUCUCCACAAAACACAGAAAAAUGGAGAAUGAGCAGCGUCGUUAUAUGUAUGCUGGUCAGAUGGGCACGACAGCAAGUAAUGCAUUAAAAGGAACCGCAGCGUUGCUAGGAAACCUGGUCACUGGUACGCUACCCAGUAUUGCAUUUAGAAACCCUUCCAAUACAAACUCAUUCUACUGGGGUGGAAAGGUGAUAACAUGUUAUGAGACAAGUAUACCAUAUUGUCUUGACCCAUACACUCUAGAGACUCUUGGACCUGAGAGAAUGGGAGGAGCUCUUAAGCUUGGUACCAUGGCAGCCCAUUUUAGAGUUGAUUCUGAGAAACAGCGUCUUGUCUGCAUAAGUAUAAAGCCAGCGACAUUGUCCCACAAGCCAAGCUUAGCAAUCUAUGAAUUCUCUCCCACAUGGACUUUGCUUCAACGACAGUUUCAUAGUAUUCAUGGCUUAAACUAUGCCCAUGACUUCUUGCUCCUCCCCGACUAUUAUAUCUUUCACAUGACUCCAUUUGUGAAAGUUACCUGGCUAGCUGUAGUCAAGAUACUGGCUGGUUUGUCGUCACCAGGCGAACAAAUGAAAUAUUAUCCAGAUAUGCCAUCAAAGUUUGUCAUUAUCCCUCGUAAAUUGGAAAAAGGUAGCAAGGACAUCAUCAUGGUUGACACAGAUCCAUUUCAUAUCUUUCAUUUUGGUACUGCGCAACAAGAAGGCAAUUCCAUAAACUUCACAGCAGUGUGCUUAGACACAAAGUUUGACAUGACGUUUGACAGUAAAAUAUGGCUGUCAAAUUUCUCAGUAGCUCCAGGAAGGGCAUUUAACUUCAAUAUCGAUUUGAGUACCAGAAAGUGCACUAGAGUGCAGGCUGACAGAGCAUCAGUGGAGUUUCCCGGUGUACACCCUUAUCGCCAUGGUAUGAAAGGAACUAGAUACAACUACUUCAUGGCAAAUGACAGACCAGGGUGUAACAUUCCCUUUAGAGAUAUUGUUAAGUUUGACUCUCAGGGCCAGGAAAGACAAGUGUGGAACUCACAUGGCGUCAUAGGUGAACCAGCCUUUGUACCACGCCUUGGAUAUGACUCGUGGAGGUCUGGGGACGAAGAUGAUGGUUACGUCAUUGUUCAAUUGUAUGUUCCUGAGCGCGACGUCACUGAAUUUUGCAUUUUGAACGCCAAAAAUGUUGAGAAAGGUCCUCUCGCACGUAUAAAAUUAAAACACCACGUUCCGUACGGUUUCCACGGCACGUUUACGCCAGAGGUUUUUUUGUCACCGCCAGUUUUCAAAUCAAAACUUUAAACGCCACGAUGGUUACACUUGGACGGAAACGUUAUCAUAGUCCGAAUUUAACGAAGACUGCGUUUUCGUGGCGUUUUUUCUUUAUUUGUUAUAUAAUGACAGAGAACAAUACAAUUACGCUACGUGAACACAACAGAUGGACGGGACCUCAUACUAGAGAACUCACGUAAACGUAUUGUCCGUGCGUAAGAAUACGCACUCGGUACCUUUGCGUAAGUAAAAAAAGCAAUCACACUCACGGUUAACGUAGAGCAUAGAAAACACAACCAAGAAUCCAUAGGGAUGUAAAAUUGAGAUAUCGUCACCAUGUUGGAUGACUAUUAAACCAAACAGAAAGCAAAGAUCCAAUAUGGCGGCCUUUCAUCAAGUUAACGAUAAAAUUAUUGAUACUUAUGUUUUAAUAUGAAUUUUAUAAUCAGAUGCACUCAAAAGACUGAUAAACAAAAUAUGUCCAGUGCUCCUUGCAUUGGUUCCGAGUGCCUUAUUACAUCUAAAUAACGUUUUCCUUAAAUUUUUGAAUAGGUUUUGCUGUAGAGUACAAACACUAAAACUGUGCAACAUAAAUACCACUAAAUACUGCUAAACUAUGCUAAUUCUAUUGUUUUCUAUUGUUUCAUUAACACUAUUUUGUAGUGUAAAUAGUGGAAAGUGUUGCACACAUUUAAUAUUUGUACUCUACCAUCGUUGUAUUUGAUUAAUCGUUAUAAAUAAUAUAUAGCUAUAUGGUCAUAGACUAGUCUAGUCUCCGUGGCUGUAGUUAUUUUACUACAUUCAUUGAAGAGAAUGGCACGUUUAUCAACAA